AUGGCAUUUCACGCGAGAUGCGGGGAAUGCAUCACCCUUUCAAAUAACAAUUGUACAGCCGCACGAAAUAUUAGUGAAUUUAACCAUGGAUUAGUUUUAAGCGCUGAACCUCUAAAAGACGAUGUUCUGUUUGAAGUCCGUAUUGACAAAAAAGUUAAUUCUUGGUGCGGUAGUAUAGACAUUGGCGUCACGGCCUCCAAUCCAGAUACAUUAGAUUUUCCUGCAUGUGCAACAAAAUUGCGAAAUGGCUCAUGGAUUAUGUCUGGUGAGUCUGUUUUAAAGGAUGGCAGUUUUGUUGCUGAGUUUUAUGGGAAAGACUUAGAAAAAUUACACGAGGGAAAUACAGUGGGUGUUAUGCGAACUAGUCAAUCUGAAUUAAUAUUUUAUAUUAACGGUGAAUCUCAAGGUCCUGCUGCUUUUAACAUACCUCAUGUAGUUUAUGCUGUAAUAGAUCUGUUUGGAAAAUGUGUGCAAGUAACAUAUAUGAGAGGCACUAACACACAACCUGAACAUAAUAAUGACUCUAGUGUUUAUCUAAGUACUCCCCUUACAGUAACAAAUACUGUAUGUCCGGCAACUAUUGCAAGUUCCGAUCCAAAUGACAGACUCCAUUUUCACCAAAGAUGUGGUUCAAUGAUUCGACUGAGUGAUAAUGCAAGGACUGCUGAAAGAAGAAGACCUCUUGAUGAGUUCAAUAAUGGAGUUGUAAUGACUCACAGAGCACUUCGUGAUAAUGAACUUUUUGAAAUAAGAAUAGAUCGUCUAAUUGAUAAAUGGUCUGGAAGUAUAGAGGUUGGGGUUACUACACACAAUCCAGAAGCACUACAAUUCCCAGCAACCAUGACAAAUAUGAGAAGUGGCACUAUUAUGAUGUCUGGAAGUGGAAUAUUAACAAAUGGAAAAGGUACUCGCAGGGAAUAUGGGGAUUUUAACCUAGAUGAAUUGAGGGUAGGCGAUCGCGUAGGCAUGAUCAGACAUUCAAAUGGAAACUUGCAUUAUUACAUAAAUGGACUCGAUCAAGGUGUAGCUGCUAUUCGGGUUGCACCACAAUUAUGGGGUGUAAUAGAUCUGUAUGGAAUGACUAUAAGAGUGACUAUAGUGGAUAGAGAUGAAAGGGAGCAGCAAAAUUUAGUUACCAGACGAAGCAUGCUCAAUUCAAUCAAUUCUAACAGUGGCGAUUAUGCUAAUUCUGGUAUUGAAACAUGGAGUACAAAUGACAGUGAUCGUUUAUUAUUUCAUCCAAUAUGUGGAAUGCAUGCUGAGGUUAUUAAUAAUGGAAGAAGUGUCCAUAGGCCUAAUGCAAAUGAUGACUUCAACAAUGGUGUUGUUUUAACACAAAGGCCUUUGCGUUUGAAUGAGUUCUUUGAAGUACGCCUAGAAAAAAUUAUAACAAAAUGGGCUGGCAGUAUUGAAAUUGGGGUAACAACACAUGCUCCUUCAGAGUUGGACUUUCCAUUUACCAUGACCAAUGUCAGAACUGGUACAUGGAUGAUGACUGGGAAUGGUAUAAUGCACAAUGGAAUUACGAUUAUUGAGAGUUAUGGACAAAAUUUAGAUCGAUUACAGGUUGGCGAUAGAGUCGGUGUAAUAAGAAGAGAGGGAGGUAUUUUACAUUUUUAUGUUAAUGGUGUUGAUCAAGGACCCGCAGCCACAGAAGUUCCUGAAUGCAUUUAUGGUGUUGUAGAUUUGUAUGGUCAAGCUUACCAAGCUAGUAUUGUAUAUUCAUCCGAUUUAUGUUCUCCUGACACUAUGAAUUCCAGUGUAUCAAACAUUACUCUAUAUAGUGAUCUACGUUUUAAUGCAGUACAUGGAAGGAAUGCGCAGAUUAUCGCUAAUGGUCUUACAGCGUGCAGGCCACGGGCCCAUGCUGAAUUUAAUGAUGCUAUUGUAUUCUCAAAUCGGCCUUUGAGAGAUGGCGAAAUGUUUGAAGUCACCCUAGAUACUUUGGUCGAAAGAUGGUGUGGAAGUAUUGAAAUUGGUCUAACUGCUGUAAGACCUGAAGAUAUUUCAUUGCCUACAACAGCUACAGAUUUAGAACAAGACACGGUGAUGUUGAGUGGCGCUAUAAUAAUGGAAAAUGGAUGUAAUAUUCGAAAUGGUUAUCCAAUGGAUCUAGACUCAUUAAGAGCAGGUGCCAGAAUAGGGGUCAAAAGAAAUCAGUCAGGUUUCGUUCACUUCUAUUUGGAUGGUGUUGAUCAGGGAAUGGCAUGUAAGAUUCGUGCUGGGAAUUUAUAUGCUGUUGUUGAUUUAUAUGGAAUGUGCACACAGAUAACCAUUGUUCAAAAUGAAGCCAGAGCCCCUUAUGCAAUUUCUGAAAAUUCUGCUAGUUUGCAAGCUACAUCUGUAAUUCAACCAAAUAUUCAAGCUGACGUUUACCAUAGAUUUGCCAAUGUAUUUAGUCGCAAUAUGGCUUUAAGUGACAGCGCUACUGUAGCCAAAAGAAAAGAGUUGAUUUUAGGAUUGCAGCAUUGCUUAGUUUUCAGCAGCACUCCAUUGGCUUAUAAUGAACCCUUCGAGGUAAAGUUAUUAAAUUAUGUACCGCAUCUUGCUGGAAGCAUUAAAAUUGGCAUUACUGAUUUAAAUAUUGAUUCAGAGACUGUUAGAAAUAAUAUUCCAGGUUUAAUCAAGGAUAUUCCAAGUGAUACGUGGUAUGUUACAGGUAACGAUAUACAUUAUAAUAACAAUCUCAUUGGAAGUUUUACUCCAUCAUUACACUGGUUGAGAACUGGUGACAGAGUAGCUUUAGAAUUGACUUCCACUAGAAGUAUUAAGUUAUUUAUAAAUUCUGAUGAAAUUGGCGUACUAUUCAAGCAAAUUCCUGAGAUGGUUUGGGUUGUAAUUGAGUUAUCAGGCUCUGUAUCUAGUAUACAAAUAACAUCUUUACAAGGCCCUAAGUCGCCUUUACGUCCUUGCGCUUUGAGAUUGCAAGAUUCUUUAGAUUUUGCUAUGGAUCAUGUGAAUAAACAUGACUCUAUGUUAGAAUCUCUUGAGGUUGACAGCCCCAAUUUUGAAUUCUGUGAUUACUUUGGAAAGAAUAUCAAAUUGAAUUCUUGCAAGAAAAUUGCUCGCAGAAUUAAAUCGUACAAUAAUGGUAUUGUAUUUACUAACAAACCUUUAAUACGCGGACAGCAGAUUAUGAUUCGUAUUGAUUCUCUCAAAGAAAACUGGAGUGGAAGCAUUGUUGUUGGAAUUAUGUCCAUGACUUUAGAGCAAAUCAAAUCUAUACCACUUCCAUCAACAGCUUUUGCGAUGAAAGGUCCCAUUUGGGUUGUAGCGAGUGACUAUUUAUGUGUGCAGGGCACUAAGAUCAAAUCAAAAUAUGGUAGCGCUUUAUCUAGUAUCAAAGUUGGAACCAUUAUAACUUUAUCGUUGUCAAAUUCGGGUUCGUUUAGUGUAAUUGUCGGAAAUAGUGAUUUGGGAGUGAUGGCUACCGAUCUGCCACAACAAGGAAUUCCAAUUAUAGACGUUUAUGGAUCUUGUGAAAAGGUGUCCAUAGUAACAUCGCAUUCCGAAAGACUUGACCAAAGUUUGGAAAUUGAUGAUAUUGAAAGCUUUUCGCAUUCAAGGCAAAAUCAUGUCACAGAUGAUGUUAUCACCGAGAAUCUUAUAACAAUUGAGCCAUCGACUAGUUUGCAAGAGAAAGCUGAUUUAGAAUUACAUGAAAAAGAAUCUAGUUCGACAUAUUACACAUCCGAAUUAGAACCUAUGCCCAGCACCUCACGAGGUGGUCCUGCUGCUUUAUGUGAUAUUGAUAAUUUAGACGAUAAUGUUUCUCAAAAUUUUUUGAAAAAUCUUGAAAUUCAAAAUGCUACUAAACCUUGCAUGACAACGAGCGAAAAUGAGAAUAUAAAUAUUGAAAUUCAACGUAUGGAAAAUUCUUAUAGUGAAUAUAUGGAUAGCAAUCAUCCAGUUUAUAGUCAUAAUCAUGUGGAAAAUUUGAAUAUACAAUCCCGCACUUCUAUGGAUGGUAUUUCUGAAUAUAUGCAAGAUAACCUUUUGAUACAGCAUAAUACGAACAUAAAUAUUCAACGAAGUCAAUCUAGUCAUAACAUCCCAUCUAAUGAAAAUAAUAAUGCUUCAUAUUUGAGCCCACCAGAUUCAUUAAAUAUCACGAGCAGUUACAAUGACGAAAAUAUCAUAUGUAAUGACAUUUCAAGUAUGGCUCAUGUACUUCCUAGUUCAUCAUCUCUAUCGCAAAUUGAUGAAAGUCCAACUAGAGAUCGAGAUUGUCCAUAUCUUCAGAGUGUAAUAAAUUUUAAAAAUUCUCUUGUAUUACCAGAAGCAUUUUUCUCAUCAGAUUAUCCCAAAUGCUAUUGUUGUUCUAAUUGUGGCAACAACAACAAUAGGUAUCGCGACUGGGUGCGUUUUAAAUUGAAACCUAAAUCAACAAGUUGUGCAGAUUGGAGAUUAGCAUUUUAUGAUACCAAGGUAGAUAGAAUUAGAGCAGUAUUAGAUCUUGGUCAACCAUUGCCAACUUCUAAUGAUGCGCAUGUGUUCUCUGAAAAGGGUGUGACAACAGGCAAUAAAUUGAUAUUAAAAGAAAAUUUAGAAGUGCGGUUACGUAAUACUCAUGAUGUUCCUAUGUGCAACAAAACUUAUACUAUAUCAACGGCUUUUGAGGUUCGAGUUCGUCCAGGAUCCAUAUCUUCAUGUUCUUCUGUAGAACAGGAUUUGGUUACGAAAGAAGCCGGCGCAUGCGUUUUAGAAGCGUUGUUAAUGAAAUUAGUCAUUUCGUAA